AUGGGAGCAAGCGGAGGCACAUCGUUCGCUAGGCUCUUUACGCCACAAAAGAUAGCCUUUCAUUUCUUCUUCUGGGGAUUUCAUUGGGCCCUUUUCGGUAUAGGAUGGUGGAAACAACAGGGUGAUGCACGUUUGGCGCCACUGAAUGCCCUUCAGUACUCAGUAUGGGUAUCUCGGGGUGCAGGUCUUGUUCUGUCUGUUGACACAAUGGUUAUCGUCAUGCCUAUGUGCAGAAAUAUCCUCCGGUGGCUCCGCCCGAAAGUGCGCGUGCUGCCACUUGACGAGUCCCAAUGGUUCCACCGACAAGUCGCCUACGCUAUGCUGUUCUUCACUAUCCUCCACGUGGCGGCGCAUUAUGUCAACUUCUUCAAUGUUGAACGUGUGCAGGUCCGCCCUCAGAUCGCGCUACAAAUCCACUACGCCGAGGCUGGUGGUAUCACAGGGCACAUUAUGUUAUUAUGUAUGCUUCUGAUCUAUACUACAGCGCACCACAGGAUCCGACAGCAGUCAUUCGAGACGUUCUGGUACACGCAUCACUUGUUCAUUCCGUUCCUACUCGGCAUGUACACCCACGCAACCAGCUGUUUCGUCCGUGAUACUGUCCCAGCUUGGUCUCCCUUCGAUAGCGACAAUUUCUGGACUCACUGCAUUGGUUACGAGGGUUGGCGAUGGGAGCUCGUUGGUGGCGGCCUGUACUUCUUCGACCGUUUGUACCGAGAGAUUCGUUGCAGACGCCAGACACAAAUCGUCAAAGUUGUGCGCCACCCAUACGAUGCUGUCGAGAUCCAAUUCACGAAGCCCAGCAUGAAGUACAAGCCAGGACAGUGGCUCUUCCUGAAUUGUCCUGAUGUCAGUUACCACCAGUGGCAUCCAUUCACCAUCACUUCCUGCCCCAAUGACCCGUAUAUUUCUGUUCACGUACGUCAAGUCGGUGACUUUACCCGCGCUCUCGCCGAUGCCCUUGGUGCCGGUCAAUCGCAAUCAAAGCUCUACGACGAGCUCGACCCUAUGGGCAUGUACGAGAUCGCUCUUCAGCACGGCCAAAAGAUGCCUGCUCUACGUAUCGAUGGGCCUUACGGAGCUCCCGCAGAAGACGUCUUCGAGAACGAAGUCGCAGUUCUUAUUGGUACCGGUAUUGGUGUCACACCAUGGGCCUCGAUCCUCAAAUCUAUCUACCACCUCCGCCUCAGCCCGAACCCUCCUAAGCGUCUCCGUCGCGUCGAGUUCAUCUGGGUCUGCAAAGACACGUCGUCAUUCGAAUGGUUCCAGACCUUGCUUUCAUCGCUCGAGGCUCAAUCUCUCGGUGGUGCAGAUGGAGACCAAUUCCUGCGGAUCCACACAUAUCUUACACAGAAGAUGGAUGUUAACACUGCGCAAAAUAUCGUGCUUAACUCAGUGGGCACUGACAAGGACCCACUCACCGAACUCAAAUCCCGCACCAACUUUGGACGUCCAGACUUCCAGCGCCUGUUCUGCGGUAUGCGAGAUGGUAUUCUGGACCGCACAUACAUGAACGGAUUAGAAAGCACUCUACGCACAGAGGUUGGUGUUUAUUUCUGCGGUCCCAACGUUGCGGCUAGGGAUAUUAAGAAGGCAUGCAAGCAGGCAGCAUGCCAAGAGGUCAACUUCAAGUUCUGGAAGGAGCAUUUCUAA